CGCUCAAAGGCGAACAAAGCUCAAGCGAGAAGACGACUGUCGGGCGUUCGAACUACGAAAACAUUCCAAAUUCAAACUGCCGUCAGUGAAGAAGUCGCGUUCGUAGUGUCCAGUGACUAAUAGUGAAGUGACUUAACCGUUUUUGUGAGGAUGGAAUCGGAAAUAAGCAAGAUGCAAACAAAAAUACCACCGAAAAACUUCUCAAUCGAAUCGAUUGUCGGAUUAAAUGAUCGUCGAUCGCCGGAAAUCGACAUCGAGAACAAUAUAUCGCAAGAUUAUACGGUUGAUAAUACGCAUUCGGAGGAUGAAGACGUGAAAAUUAGGGAUGCGAAGAUGGGAUAUUAUUUUCAACAGAGUCGGGUUCCGAAUUUUCCUUUUUUCAUGUCGUAUGAGAAGCAAGCGAUGAGGAAUGGAUACCCGGAGGGACAGGGUCAAGAUGAUCUGAAGAGGUCCAGCCCCUCAAGUAUUAGAAGCGAAGUGGAUAGCGACGGCGCGGACGACAGACCACAAGAAUCACUCAGCCCGCAGUCCGAACAGAUUUCAAACUCGAACACGGCACCGGAUCCUAAUAUCAGGAGGUAUCGAACUGCGUUCACACGGGAGCAACUAGCACGUCUCGAGAAGGAAUUCAUGAAAGAGAAUUAUGUGUCACGGCCGAGAAGAUGCGAAUUGGCGGCUCAACUACAGUUACCCGAGUCUACUAUCAAGGUAUGGUUCCAAAACCGAAGGAUGAAGGACAAACGUCAACGUAUCGCGGUCGCUUGGCCAUACGCGGCUGUAUACAGUGAUCCAGCGUUCGCCGCAUCCAUUCUACAAGCUGCCGCAUCCUCCGUCGGAUUACCUUAUGGAUAUCCAUCACCAGCUCUUCUACCCCCAUUCCACAACCCACAGCUACUCCCAGCUGGGUAUCCGUACCCAUACCCACCGUACCCAAGGUACCCGUACAUCCCCCCUACCCCGCCAUCUCCCGUCAACGCUGAACCAACCCAAUUACGACCUCCUUAUUCAAAUUUCAAUUUAAACGUCGACAAAUAAAUCUUUAUAAGUAAUAUUAAAAUAUUACCGAAUGUAUAUGUAUUGUAAAUAGAUUUCCACUUUGUAAUAUAAAUAAUUUAUUAAUAUCAUAUCUACAACUGAAAGUAUUCAGUAAUUAUAACAAUAUCAAAAUUAAAUUAUUCAUAUAGUGAACUGAUACAGAAUGUAGUGUCGUUGUUUACCUACAAGUUACUAAAUUAUAAAAGACAUUAGCAAUUAGAAUAAGCCAAAUCUCAUUCCUGUACAAAAGUAUGUUAAUGAAGCUAAGUGUAAUGAAAGAUUUAUUGCCGUACUCAGAGUUCGUGGUCACUAAGGAACUCCUAAAAAAUACGACGUACGGUGUUAGUUACGUAGUAAUUUGUAAUGGAUUUUUUUUUAGAUUUAGUCACUGCCUAAUGUUGAUGUAAUUAAAAUUAGUGGCCAUUUUGUAUUACGUGCAAUAUAUGAGAGACAAAAUGGCGGCCAGUGAUAUUGUAUUUUUAAUUUAUUACUAUACUUUAAAAGUUUUUUGUAUAAAUUAAAUUUUUGAAAAAAUAAGGAAAUUAAUGAUUCUCUUAUUACAUUCCCUUGCAAGAAAUUGCAUAAUGCUUUGUGGUUAGAUGUUUUUGUUUGCAAAAUGUCUUAUGUAUGUUAAUAUUAAGUAAAGCCUAGUUAAGUUUUAGUGUUCAUAGUUAUUAAAGCAGAAAUGUUUGAUAGGAGACAUCAUGUAAUUCUAGGAAAUUUGUAAAAAGUUAUUGUU